CAUAAGCACAGUUAGUAGUGCACCACACAAAUUCAACCUUUAAAGGGCUAUGAAAAAUCGCAAAUAUGAAGCUCUACCAAUAGAGCUCAUAAAGUUCUUCAGUCUACCAUCCUCGAAAUGUCUGCCGGUAUUCCAGUGAAACUUUUGAAUGAAGCACAAGGGCACAUCAUCACCCUCGAGUUAACCACGGGAGAGGUUUACAGAGGAAAGUUAAUCGAAUCCGAAGACAACAUGAACCUCCAGUUAUACGACAUUACCAUUACCGCCCGAAGUGGUACCGUCUCCCACUUGCAACAAGUGUUUAUCAGAGGCUCAAAGAUUAAGUUCAUUGUUGUGCCAGAUAUCUUGCGUAAUGCUCCUAUCUUCAACAAAGACUUUGUGAAACCUAAACCACCAAUCAGAGGUCCUAGAAGAAGAUAAGCCAAGCACAAGACGCCAAAAUUCAUACCUCUAGACAGAUUGUUGUCACUGGUCCCUUAGUUUUUUUCAUCUUCAAAAAGGUAUUUAAACAUACCAUGUACCAUACUAUGCCCAAUCCCGUUACCCGAUAGCCUCCCCGUCUUAGAGACUGAAUCUAUCGGGGCAUCGCUACCCAUUUUGUACCAUACACCAAUAAUAUGUUCAUCUAAUCAGGGUUUAUCUGUAGUCGGCAAGCCGAUACAAAGACGCAUCUUCUCAGGGCAAGACACCAGUAACGGUGUUCGUUAUCC